CACUUGUCACCAUCCCUCAUUAUUGCAUUACAUAUCACCCACAAAUUUUCCUCUCUGGGUUUUUUUUUUAAAAAAUUUCUAAUAAUAAAAUUUUCCCAAAAAAACACCAAUAUCUCCAGCAUAUCAUAGCAUAAUAAAAGCAAAUAAGAAAAUGAUAAAGUAAAGAGAAAAUCCCACCCUCACCCUUUUCUAACCAAUCAAAAUCAUUCUUUCUAUCCUCUUGGAUCAACCUCCCCUUACUUCCUAGUUGUCCUAACCUUAUAUCUCUAUUUCCCUCCCUUCUUUUUAGUUUCAUACUUGUCAUUUUACUCACCACCAGCAGCCCUUGUUCAUUCACCACUACCAAUCCAUCUCUUCCUAUGGCCUCUAUUCACCACCACCAAUCUCAGCACUACUCUAGCCCAUACUCGGGGCCGAGCACGACAACACGUCGUGCUCGGCGACACUCCUUAGACUACUCCUCCCUCCCUUCCUCUUCCACCAUUUCCUUCAAACACCCCAAUACCAUCUCCCUACAUUCGCACAUGAUCACAUUACCUUUCACUACCUCUACCGCGGCCACUACCACUAACACCCCUACCACUUCUCCCGAUACCGCCUUUUCUUUAGACACCCUCCAACGCUAUCUCGCCUCUGGUGACUUCCGCCGAGCUGAUGAUGAAACUCGCCGUCUCAUCAUCGUACUUGCCGGUGAAGCUGCUGUUAAACGUGGAUAUGUUUUCUUUUCGGAAGUUCAGUUCAUACCCAAGGAUGAUCUUCAGGCUAUUGAUGAGCUUUGGAGGAAGUUUAGCAAUAACCGCUUCGGCUACAGUGUUCAGAGGAAGAUAUGGUUGAAGGUUGAUAAGGAUUUUACUAGGUUUUUUAUUAAGGUUGGCUGGAUGAAGAAGCUUGAUACUGAAAUUGAGCAGUUCAAUUAUAGGGCGUUUCCUAAUGAGUUUUUAUGGGAGCUUAAUGUUGAUGAUAAGGUCGAGUCUAACAAUAAGGACUCGACUAAUAAUAGUAAUAGUAAUAAUAGUAGUAAUAAUAACGAUGUUGCUGUUCCUCCUGAAGGGCAUUUGCCGUUGACAAAUGCCCUUAGAGGAACACAACUAUUGAGUUGUAUUUUGAGUCACCCUGCUUUUGAUGGUGGAGAAAGUGAUGGAUUUGAUAAGGGAGAGGAUGAGCAAGGUGUGGUUGAUGUAAGUGAAAAGAAGAAAUCAAGGUUUGCUGCUUUAAGGGAUAAGUUGUUUAAGCCUAAUUAUAGUUUUUAAUUAUUGAUUAGGAGGUAAUUAUGAAUUAAAGAAAAAAAAUAAAUGUUGAUUUUUGUAUUUAUAUUCAUAUAGUAGUAGUAGUUUUUAUUUUAUUAUUGAUGAUUCUCCAUCUUUUGGCUUAUUGAUGGGUUUUGUUUAGUUAUAAUUAAUGUAUAAUUUGAACUAUAUUCGAUUGAGAUUGUUUGUAAAAUUUGAGUUAUUAUAUAAUAUGGGAUGAUAAAGUAUUAGCAUGCUGUUUUUUCU